ACGUUCUAGAUUUUUAUAUAUUUGUUAAUAGGUUAAAGAAAAACGUUUAAUUGGUAAAAAAAAAUAAUCUCGUCGAAAAGAACUUGUAAAUGAUAAAUCCAGAACAAUUGAAAUUCAUUUAAAUCGAAUUUAUAUUCCUUAUCAAAUCUAGAAAUAACUCAUCAAUUAAAUUGUCGAUAUAAUCAUAUAGAUGAUAGUUUAUCAAAUCGAACAGAAACAUCAUUAUCUCCACCACUAGGUGAUGCACAAGCUGCUAGUCCUGAACAAUCUUAUAUAUUAGAUUUAAUACAUACAACAAAUGCUCAUCUUGAUAAUAUGGACAUUACUCAACAUUUAUCAUCAUUUUAUUGUGAUCAAGAUAAUAGAAAAUAUUUUCAUCGUAUCGUAUUAUCAGCUAUUGUUAUAAAUGCAUUAUCAAUGGAUAUUGAAUAUCAUGAACAACCUCAAUCAUUAACAAAUGCAUUAGAAUAUUGCAAUUUAGUAUUUACAUCAUUAUUUGCUAUUGAAAUGAUUUUAAAAAUAAUUACUGAUGGCUGUCUUUAA